AUGAAGGGUCCAAAACCACUUGUAGUGGUUAUCAAACUUGGAACUAGUUCCAUUGUUGAUGAGAAGACACACGAGCCUCUGUUGUCGAUUUUGACUCUUAUUGUCGAGACAGCUGUGAAGCUCCGGAAAGAUGGCCAUAAGGUCAUCAUCGUAUCCUCUGGUGCCAUCGGUGUCGGUCUUCAGCGAAUGGACAUCGAUAAGAGACCAAAGCACUUGACCAAGCUACGAGCGCUCGCAGCUAUUGGCCAAUGUCGUUUGAUGAGUCUAUGGGAUAGUCUAUUUGGACAUCUACGUCAGCCCAUCUCUCAGAUUCUCUUAACGAGAAAUGAUAUUGCUGAUCGGACAAAGUAUCUAAACGCCCAGAAUACUAUCCUGGAGCUCUUAGAGAUGGGUGUUAUACCUAUUGUAAAUGAAAACGACACUUUGGCAGUUGCUGAGAUCAAGUUUGGCGACAAUGACACGCUAUCAGCCAUCACUGCCGCUAUGGUGCACGCCAACUUCCUUUUUCUAAUGACGGAUGUCGACUGCUUGUACGACAAGAAUCCACGGACAAAUCCCGAUGCUAAACCUAUCGAGGUAGUGGAAGAUAUUGGGGAAAUCCGUGCAGAUGUAUCUAGUGCUGGAUCUUCCCUGGGAACCGGUGGUAUGAGUACAAAGAUCGUUGCUGCUAGGCUCGCAACAUCUGCUGGCGUCACUACAGUCAUCACUCGAUCAUCCUCACCAGGAAACAUUGUCAAAAUUGUUCGUUAUUUACAAGCUAGCAAGAAAUGCACAUCGUCAGUACAUACACCCGUGGUGGAUGACGAUGCGGAAGAUCCUCUAUCAAGGUCCACAGCAUCUCUAGCCCUUAACGAACUGGAGAAACCGCCGCUGCACACGCGAUUUCUCCCGCUCUCUCAACCGAUCAGAGAUCGUUACUUCUGGAUUCUUCACGGACUGGCGCCUCAUGGUACGAUUUACAUCGAUGUUGGCGCUCACCGUGCCCUUUCAGACAAAGCCGGCCUUCUCCCAGUAGGCGUUUUAGACAUAGAGGGAAACUUUGCGCAGCAUGAAGCUGUUCGCAUCGUCGUCGUAGAGAGGAGACCAGAACCAGGACCAGACGGAAAAAUCUGGGAAGGUCCCGGGGUCGAGAUCGGGAGAGCACUGGUUAACUAUGCGGCACCCGAGAUCGCCCGAAUUAAGGGGCACCGAAGCACGCAGAUCGAGACCCUGCUAGGCUACGCCGACAGUGAGUACAUAGCCGAUCGAGAUAGCAUCAGUUUGCUCCGCAGGGAGAGCCGGCCAGUAACACCUGUGUUUGACAAAGUGAACGAGAGCGAAGGGGUGGCCGCUUACGAAAACGACAUUAGCUUAUAG